GUCUGAGCAGAAAGAUUAUUCAUUUCAAGUCCUCUUUCUUUCUUUCUUUCUUUUCAAGGCUGCUUUAAGAAGGGACUUUGAAAGAGUAAAGAGGAAAACUAUGAAAAGUUGCUAAAAGCAAGCAAAGCAAGUAUCAUUAUUCUCAUAAUGGAAUCUACUUCAAAAAUCCCUCAUCACCACCGCCACCUCCAACAACAACAUCCUCUUCAAGGUCAUCAGCUUGUUGGUUCUUCUUCUACUUCUACUUCUACUACUACUUUAGGCGCUUCAGGUUUUGGUGCUGCCCUAAGCUCUCAUGCCUGGACCCCAAACACCAACUUGAAUAGCGCUGGAUUUGGUUCAGCUGCAAAUACGGCCAUCCUAAAUUCAAGAAACCCAAGGCUGGAAAACGAUAUCCUUGUGUCUUCUCUCAAUGGUUCCAUGACUCAAGACUUCAGCUUCAGCUGGGCUAAUGGUAGUAGAGGAAAUAAUUUCACCAAUCAGUCUUCCCAUGAUUUGCAGCUUGAGAUGAUUAAGCGAGAGUUUUCAGAGUCCUACUCAAAUUUUAGCGAAAUGAUUAGCAGCCCAUCAUCAAGCGUAGAAGACGUACAGCUACCAAUUCAGGCCACUGAUUAUAGAAGGAGCGAGUACAGGGAAAUAAACGAUCCAAAUGUUAAGCUUUUGCUUAGAUCAUUGUCUUCUGGAGAUCGAAAUAAUGAUUUUCAUCGAUCUUGUCCCGGGGAAUUGUACUGUAGUACUUCUUCUAGCUCAAGUCUGGGAGCUACACCUAAAAGAGGAACCUUCAGUCAGAUAUAUCCUACCAUAAACGUCUCAGAGAUUAAUCAAACAUCUUUGGCGAACUCUAGCUCGUUCCAUAUGAAUUCCCAGGCUUUGGAUCUCGUAAAUUCAGCAAGAUUUAGUGGGAUUUUUUGCCUGCCUAUGGUAGAUCAGCUCGGUCUUUCCAAGAAUGGAAGCCUUUCUUACGGAUAUGAUUACUUGAGUCAAUCAAUUCCAAUGCCAAUAUCGGAACCUAGCAAUAUAACACCCUUAAGCUAUGGAGUAACGGAAACAAAAAGGUCCGACAUUAGUCUGGAACCAAAGGUACCUCAAGCAGCACCGAAGAGAUCAAGAUCAGAGUCCCGAGCUUCCUGCCCACCCUUUAAGGUCAGAAAAGAAAAGCUAGGAGACAGAAUUGCAGCUCUUCAACAGUUGGUAGCACCCUUUGGCAAGACUGACACAGCAUCCGUACUAAUGGAGGCCAUCGGGUAUAUCAAAUUCCUUCAAAACCAAGUUGAGACACUGAGCGUCCCAUAUCUAAAGUCGUCGCGCAACAAGUCCAGUAGAACCGUGCAUGGGGGUGCUGUGGAGAACGGAGGUGAAGAAAGAAAACGAGAUCUCCGAAGCCGAGGGCUGUGCCUGGUGCCAAUGUCGUGCUUGUCUUAUGUGGCUGACGGUGGCGGGGGCGUCUGGCCGCCGCCUAGCUUCGGUGGUGGCACUUGAGUUAGAGGCCUCCGCCUCCAUUUGGCAGCGGGUUUCCUAGCUACUAUUUCAAAUUGAAAAGAAAAAAUUAGGCGGGGGCAACUGGGCAAGGCAGUGCUGCUGCUCAAUCUUUGCCCAACAUUUUGCGUUGAUGCAUAUUUACUUCCACCUUUUGACUGCCUUUGUGAGAAUGAUUGCAAAUUGCAAGCUUUAGUGGAGCAAAUUUGGUCAUUCUGAAACCAAACAGCAUUGAAAAGCAAAGCCCAGGAUGGACCAAGUUUGAUCCAUUAAGAGUCAAUAUAUGAUUGAGAUUUAACACUAGCUGGAGUGGUGUCCAUGAUCCACCUUCAUGUAAACUAGUUUCUAGUUUUUCUAUUAUUUUCUGAAAUAAAUGCCUGCUUGCCUUUCGUACAAGAA